AAACGGUAUAAAAGGCUGGUAUCCCGGAUGUAAGCAGCAAGAUAAUCAUGGCCAUGAAGAGUCAAGCUUCAAAAUCUUUCUCGCGAAAUGCCAAGCAGCUUCUAGGACUGUUGAUCUUGUUCAGCUUCAGUUCCAACAGUGCGGUUCAAGCCGUUUCUAUAUCAUUGCCGACAAAAUUGACCAGUCUCUCCAUUGCAAAAGUGGACUGUUUCAUUGACAGCACUGUUGAUUUACCAAUAGGCUGCUUUCUAUCAAUGAGUGUUGAAUUCUUUUUUAAGAAUUCAUCAGUAAAUACUCUUUUGUGCCAAACCGCCUAUGAUGGUCCAGUUUUGUCUGAGGUGGUUGGUGAUAUGAACUGUGGGAUGGUGACAUCCAGUAGCGAGGAACGCACAUUUCGGCUCAACUUCAAAGGAGAUCGAGCUUCUCAUGAAGGAGGAACAUUGACCUGCAGCAUCAGCUGUACACAAGUUUCAACGUCAAGUAGUAAAUCCUCUGGGCCACUUAAGUUCAGUGUUACCACAGUUUCAGAAACUGAAAGUACUUGCAGCGAUGGCUGCAAAGCUGGCAUUGGUAUAGCGGUAGUUCUUGUAGUCAUCUGUGGAGGUUAUACAGCCAGGAAAAGAUAUAUUCGAGUCACAACGAUGGUCGAGGUGAUAGAAUAAGGACAAGCACGACAUUCAGCAUGCCAUGUGGUCAUUCAUCUACAAGGAUUUACACUUAUAUCAAGCAAGUCAGCGUUUCAUGAAGCAAAGUGUUAUAAUAUUGCAUGUGAUUGUAAUGGUUGAUACAACAGUUCACCAGUGCUGAUUUGAAAAAAAAUGUAAUCAUGUUAUCAGUUCAAAGCAAGAAAGUCAUAUACAGGUAGUCCUCGGGUUACGACGGUCUCGAGUUACGUCGUUUCGUGGUUACGACA